AAGAGAUCACGAACAAUACAAUCAGGCGAUUGAGACCACUAUAUAGAUGAUGGAAAAUCAUGAGCCAUACCUUGAGGUCAUCAAAUAAGGACCUUAAGGCCAAGGGUAUGCGUAUCACUAUUAAGAGUCACAGUACAAAACCCUUAAACCCUAACCCUGUGUGUUUGCCUUCACAUUUUCUGUAAAAUGAUGAACCGCAUUGCAUCAAAAUUGAACCUUAACAACACCCUUCGUCUCUUCUCUUCUUAUUCUUCUCCAAUCGAUACCCUCUUCUUUCGAAUUUCCAGAACCGGAGACCCUGCCAUCCCCGUUACUCCUCUCCUCAAUCAAUGGGUUCAAGAGGGCAGACCCAUCAACCAUGGCGACCUUCAAUUCUUCAUCAAGCAACUCAGAUCCUUCCGUCGCUUCAAACAUGCCCUUCAGAUAUCGGAAUGGAUGAGCGAUGAAAGGAACCAUUAUUUACACUCUGGAGACAUUGCUAUACGUCUCGACUUGAUAUCUAAAGUCCGCGGCCUAGAGGAAGCAGAGAAAUAUUUUUGGAGCAUUCCGGAGACUUCAAGAGAUUUCAAGGUCUAUGGUGCUUUUUUGAAUUACCAUGCGCAACACAGCUCCGUGGAGAAGGCGGAGGCUAUCAUGCAGAGAAUUAAAGAAUACCCCUCCAUGCCAGCAAAGGGCUUAGCAUUGAGUUAUAAUGUUAUGAUGGGACUCUAUGCUCGGACAGGUCAAUAUGAGAAAUUGCAUGAUUUGAUGCGAGAAAUGAAAGAGAAGAACUUAUGCAACCAUGUCACACUUAAUACUUGGCUGAGUGCUUGUGUGACAAUCAAUGAUAUAGAUGAGAUGGAGAAGAUACUGGCGCAGAUGGAAGUUGAUCCCCGGGCAACUGUGGACUGGUUUACAUACUGUACUGCAGCAGAUGGUUAUACUAGAGCCGACCAAUUUGAGAAGUCAUUGGCAAUGUUGAAGAAAUCAGAGCAAUUAAUCCAAGGCAAGGUGACGAGGGUUGCCUAUGAAUAUCUUCUAACUAGGUAUGCUGCUAUCGGGAAAAAGGACGAUGUGUAUCGCAUUUGGAACAUGUGCAAAAACUUGAAUCAUUCCCGCAAUUCAAGUUACAUAAGCAUGUUAACUGCAUUAUUACGGUUGAAUGAUGUUGAUGGAGCUGAGAGGAUUGUGGAGGAAUGGGAAUCUGGAAAUACAUGCAAGGAUAUAAGAAUUCCAAAUCUGUUGGUCCGUAUGUAUUGUGAGAAUGGCCUGUUGGAAAAGGCUGAAGCAUGUAUUGCGAGGCUUUUAGAAAGAGACAUUAAAUUUGAUGGAAGUAUAUGGGAUCGUUUGGCUAGUGGCUAUUGCAGGUGCAAAGAUAUGGAUAAAGCAGUUGAAACAUUGAAGAAAGCAAUAUUGGCUGGUCGACCAGGAUGGAAGGCUUACCCAUUUACUUUAGCUCAAUGUAUUGAGCAUUUGAAAGAGAAGAGAGAUUCAGAAUUGGCAUCGGAGAUUCUUAGGUUAUGUGGGGAACGAGGUUAUUUCACUGCUGCCACACAUGAUAGAUUACUAAGUUAUGUGCAUGGUGAAAUCCCAGAAGCAAAUGCCUUAGAUCUGAUAGAUGAAGAUAAUCGUCUGAGGGUGGUGUAUGUUGAUGUUCCAGAUGGAGAGAAGCAGCACGAAAAGUAGCUCCAGGGAGAGGUGAGUUAAUGAAUUGACACGGAAUUCCCCUUUUACUCUGAAACAGAACUGUGUCCUGUUUCACAAAGCUGAACCAUUAAUCAUCAAGGAAGCACCUUGUUUUGCUAUUUUUGGCUUCAGAAAAACAGCAAUGCGGUGAGCCUUGCUCAAUAAUACAUAUCAUUCCAUUUGUCACUGUCGAGAUAUUUAAUCUGAUUUUCUUUUCUCUGAUGAGCUUUGCUUAUUGUUAAGAUACGAAUUCGAUGAAA